GAGCUGCUCUCUCAGUCUCGAGUGCGAAACUGGCUAGCGUGAACGUGUUUGCUGGGAUUUCGAUUGCAAAACAUUUUAACGAUGGCAAUUAUACGGAUGUAUGCCAUGCCGCCGUUGUUAUUGUUGCUUCUCGUCUUGUUGGAUCCGAGUGAUGCGGCACGAGUGGCCAGCGAUCGCGUGGUAUUUCCCACUGAACGUGCACCAAAUGCAACGGAGAGCAGUCCCAAGCCUUGGCAACUGUUUCCAGAUGUGAGGAACAGCCCGAGGCAAACGGAAUCCAAUCAAGUGAAACCCGGAAGUGAUGCCAAUGGAACACAGGUAGAGCCAUCACGCAACGACGACAGAGAGGAAACGAUUCCUGUGGCCAAGAACACAACAGAAGAGACCCCGCCAGUGUCCAGGAAUGCAAGUCGUACCCAGAGUGAGGAUAAGAUGAUUACGUUCCAAAGCGACACAAAGAUCGUGGAGGGAAAUCGAACGGACAUGGCAGUGGCGCCCAUGGGGAUUAUACCCAUUGGACCACGGAUAACCCUCGAGAGCAUACGCGUCUGUCCGCUGGGAUUUACACUGAGCAAUGACCAUUGCCGCAAGAAGGCCUGACUAAAGAUUAAAUAAAAAUUUAAUGAAAUUC